ACUACUAAAUGCAUUUCUUUGGCACAAAUGAUAAACCGCUAGCUAAUGCUGCAGCUAUAUCCGCCGUGCCUCUCAUGAUCCUCACCGGUUUAGCACUUGCCGGUACGGCCGUGGUGUUAAUGGUUAUGACGCCGGUUUUUUUAGUUCUUAGUCCGAUUCUCGUAACGGCGGUUAUCACUUCGAGUUUCUUGGUCACGGGGUUCUUAGCUUCUGGUAGGCUUGGAGCAUCGGCGAUCGCCCUCUUCGUCUGGCUCUACAAGGAGUUAAUUAAGAAAGAAGAGUACUCUAGAUCCAUUAUGCAUGCGCGAGUUCGACCUAACGAGGAUAAAAUUGCGAAGCUGUCCAGAGGAGAUAAACCUCCAGAGGAAGAAAGGCCGCCUGAAAUAAAUAAGACGGCGGAGGAAAUUAGCUCGACGGGAAGAGACAAGGCGGAGGAAUACAAUCAGUCAGAAAUAGAAAAAUUGUCGGAGAUAGAUCAUAAUCCGGCGGAGGAAAAAUCGCUACGAGGAGUCAAGCAUGCGGAGGAAGGGCCACUUAUAAUCCCUGAGAUAUCAAAGGUUUUACUGGUGGAGCAAAAUUCAAUUGGCUCCAAGCCUAGCGGUCCAGGUACUUUGCAAAGAUCUCAUCAACUUCGAUUUGCCAUGGAUCCUGGAAAGGUACAAUCUAUUUUCAUGAAAGAGUACCAAAAAGUCCCUCGUGUCGGAGCUUUUGCAUAUAAAUAUUCUACAUCGCGCGACAAGAAAUACACAAACCAUUUUCAUAUAUGACAUUGACAUCUAUCCAAAACAACUACAUAAUUAUGCAGCAUCUUUACGAGUAGUAACAUUAUAAUACCCACAAUGAUGCUAAGUCAGAUGAGAAUACAACUUGUUCUACAUAGCCAAAAUUACUUGCAUUUUUUGGUAUUUAUAUCAACUAUACGAAUGCAUCUACUUUAGUUGCCAGGAUUUUUUUUUCUUAUUUUUUUAUUACGUCGCUAGGAAUUCUAAGUUAACAUGUAUACACCAUAUUAAACACUCAUUUUAUAUCAUAUUUAGAAAACAAAUA